AUCUGAUUGGUCGGAUUCUGGUGGCGUCACAGCAACCCGGAACACUCACAUGUGACCCCUUUGCCUGCUUUUAGACAAUAAUGUCUUUACCUGCUUUUAGACAAUAAAAUAUAUUUGCCUGCUUUUAGAAAAUAAUAUCAAUCUCGGGGCGGACGAAAUUGUAGUAAAGACGACUUCGCUUGGUGGAAGUGUGAGAAUAAACAUCAUUCUAUCAUGCCGACGUCUCCUGUAAAAGUGCGCAUCCCGCUCACUAGCUUUGGUCACCUGAUAACGGAGGUAAAGAGGCAACUUCUUGGCACGGAGGCGCCUGCUGCCGUCAAGUUGACUGGUUUGAGGAAGUACUUCAACAGCUACACCAUGCGGGGGCGCCGAAAUUGUGUCUUGGCGACUUACAGCAUCGUCGCUGUAACCAUGGCGGCCUUUUUCAUGCACAGACAAACCAAGAAAGAAGCUCAUAAAAACUCCACAGCUUAAAAAAAAAAAAGCAUUUGUUGCCAUUAUUUAUGACGUGAAGAAAGAAAAAAAGAAAGAUUUCUCGGUAACAUCUAUGAUGUCAGUAAAUGUUAUCUGUCACCAUGUCUUGCGUUUUCUCUUCUCUUAUUCACGGUGAGUCCAAAAGCAGUGAAGUUGCCGCGUUGUGUAAAUGGUAAAUAAAAAGAGAAUACAACAAAUCCUUUUCAACUUCUAUUCAAUUGAAUAGACUGCAAAGACGAGAUAUUUCAUGUUCACACUGAGAAACUUUUGUGCAAAUAUUAGCUCAUUUGGAAUUUGAUUCAAAAAAGCUGGCACAAGUGGCAAAAAAGAGUGAGAAAGUUGAGGAAUGCUCUUAUUUGGAACAUCCCACAGGUGAACAGGCUAAUUGGGAACAGGUGGGUGCCAUGAUUGGGUAUAAAAGCAGCUUCCGUGAAAUGCUCAGUCGUUCACAAACAAGGACGGGGCGAGGGUCACCACUUUGUCAACAAAUGCCUGAGCAAAUUGUUGAAGAACAACAUUUCUCAACAAGGGAUUUCACCAUCUACGCUCCGUAAUAUCAUCAAAGGGUUCAGAGAAUGUGGAGAAAUCACUGCAGGUAAGCCAUGAUAUUACACACCUUGGAUCCCUCAGGCGGUACUGCAUCAAAAAGCGACAUCCGUGUGUAAAGGAUAUCACCACAUGGGCUCAGGAACACUUCGGAAAACCACUGUCAGUAACUACAGUUGGCCGCUACAUCUGUAAGUGCAAGUUAAAACUCUACUAUGCAAAGCCAUUUAUCAACAACACCCAGAAACGCUCCCAGUUUCACUGGGCCCGAGAUCAUCUAAGAUGGACAGAUGCAAAGUGGAAGAGUUUGUCUUUUGUAUACAUCAUGUCUUUGUUAUAUCUCCAGAAUGUUAAAAAGAAUUAUACAAUAUUUCAAAAUAUAUGUCCGGAGGAAAAAAAAAAACUGCAUCAUUUUAGAUUGUUAUUGUUAUUGUUAUUGCAGUAUUGUGUGUGUUUUAAGCUGUUUCAAGCUCUAAAAAACUGAUCUGAUGGUGUUGGAAGAUUUAUUUGCAGUGAUAGUGAAAGUAUUUGUACAUGUUAUUUAACUUGUUAAUUACUGCUGUCAAAUGGGAGGUUUUUUAAAUCACAGUUUUGAAUUUGGACUCAUCAGCUUAUUACUUGCUUCUAUAGUUUUCAAUUAACUUUAAAAAGACCGCAAUUUUAUUGUCAUUGUUUGAAUGCGCAAUAUUUAUUCGUUCCACACUUUCAUCCAAAGCAGGGGUGUCCAAAGUGCGGCCCCGGGGCCAUUUGCGGCCCGCAUCUAAUAGUUUACCGGCCCGCCACAUGUUCUGGAAAUGCUAUUGCAUAAAUUAAAAAAACAUUAAAAAAAGUGGAAUGAGGUGAAAUCUGACUAGAAAAAGUUGCAAUGUUGACACAAAAGCUGCCAUGCAGGCUGUUUUUU